UGUGGACACACACUCCCACUGAGCUGAGGGACAUUCCAUAUCUGGGACAUUUCACCCCGACUCCUCCACCUACAGCAGCACCCAGGAGAAGGUCUCGUCUCCCAGUGAUGUCUGUUAGAGUUGGUGGAGCAGUCAAAGAGGUAGCUGAUGGAUACAAGCUCCAGUCAGCUAAAACUACGAUGGAGGAACUCACUAGGUCGCUGCAGAAGUUCCAGGUUAUCCAUCAACCUAAACCACCAGCAGCACCCAGAAGGAUCCCAGCUAUGGCACCCAAGGUUCCAGCACCUCCAGCAACAGUGUCCCAGCCCAACAGAAGAGGACUCUGUCGUAGGACCGUGGCUGAAGCACCCAAGGUUCCAGCACCUCCAGCCACAGUGUCCCAGCCCAACAGAAGAGGACUCUGUCGUAGGACCAUGGCUGAAGUACCUAAGGUUCCUGCACCGCCAUCAACAUCUGCCCCACCCAAAAAGAAAGGACCACGUCGUGGGACAAAACUCUGCCCUGCAAAGCCUGUCUCAGAGCAGGAGUACCUCCAGCCUCUGUCCAAACCUACAGAGAGCCUGUCCCUCUGCUUCGAGCAGCUGAAUUCGGAUGAUUGGGAGCAGAAACUGGAUGGAUGUAAAUCUGUUCGAGCUCUGGCACAACACCACCCAGAGAUACUGCUGACCAAACUGCGUCAGCUCUGCCUGCUCCUCACAGAAGUGAUGAAUAGCCCACGCUCUGCUGUUGCCUGUGCUGCCAUAGACACAGUAGCAGCGCUCCACCUUCACCUGGGGAGGGCCAUGGACCUUGAGGCAGAGACGACAGGCCGCACCCUGCUGCUCCAGCUGGCACAGAAGUCCAGCACCUUCAUCCACCAGAAGGUUAACCUUGCUCUGGGUGCGCUGGCAGAGGGCUGCAGCCCUAAAAGAGUCUUAAGCGCUCUCGUCAACACAGGGCUCAGCCACCGUUGUGCUGCAGUGAGGGGGAGCACAGCACAGCACCUCCACCAGCUGGCCGACAUCAUUGGAGAGGACAGCAUUUUAACAUCUGGACAGGCCUUUGCAGAGAGUUUCCUGACUGCUGUCAGUAAGAUGGCGAUGGAUGCUGCUCCAGAAGCCAGGCACCACGGUAAGCAGAUGCUCCAGGGACUUGCCCAGCAGAAGGAAUUUCCGGACCUCUGUGAUAGGAUCAUCCCAGUGAAGGACAGACGCCCCCUGCAGAAGAUCUUGAGGAUGAUGCAGUAGGACCAGAUGUGACGAAAACACUGGAGGAGGUCACAUUUUGGACUGGCAUGGUGGUGCAGGGGUUAGCCCUGUCACCUCACAGAAAAAAAAGGUUAUGGGUAAGGACCUGCCAAAACAUUUGGGCCUUUCUGUGUGGAGUUUGCAUGUCCUCCCUGUGCCAGUGAGGGUUUUCCCCGGGAUGCUCCGGUUUCCUCCCGCACUACCAAAGAUAUGCAGAUUAGGUGAAUUAGAGACUCUAAAUUGAUCAUAGCUGUGAAAGAUAUCAGAUUAUAUGUGCCUUGUGACAGACUAGUGACUUGUCUGCCCGUCUGUGACAGAAUGGGACUUGUCUGUCAGUCUAUCACAAGGCACAUAUAAUGAACUCAUAAUUACUAGCAUUACAUAACAAAAUAAAAAAAAAUUAAAUUAAUAAUGAUGAUUUAUUUUGUAUUAUUUAAUUAUUUAAUGUUAUCUCAAAUCAAAACUGAGCUCCUCUCUCUCCCACUCUGAUUCAUGUCCCAUUAAUGCAUGUUACUAACUUUGCCUCUUCCCCCGAGUCUUUGUGCUUUCUCGCCUUGCAGGUUUCUUCGGAUCGUGGGAGCACCUGGAUCAUGGCAGAGGGCUGCAGCAAAGACAGUGCCCUUGUACAUGGGGUGCCUGCUCUACCCACUGAUCCACCAGGC